GAGCGUUUGUCUUGUUUUUGUUUUGUCACUACUUUCAUCACAUGAUCGUGUGUUGAUGCGGUUGCCGCCUUGCUCUGACGGCAUUUGACAUCGCAUUCGGGCUGGCGACUACAUCAACGAUCCUCCAACAGUCGUGAGUACAGCGCGAAGAAAAUGCUGAAGCCACGGGCGUUGACUCAAGUCCUGUCGCAGGCCAACACGAGCGGCGUGUUGUGCACUCUGCUGCUGAACCGUGAGGGCACCUUGCUUGCUUACUCGGGUUAUGCAGACAAGGAUGCCAAGAUGACUGCAGCCAUUGCCAGCAGCAUUUGGCUGGCCAACGAGAAGAAUGCGCAUGCUGCCAUCAGCGAGGGGCAACUCCGGCUUGUUAUCGUUGAGUGUGAGGAUGGCCAGGUGGCCAUCACCCAGGUUGCCAACCUGCUUCUGUGCCUGCACGCCAAAACCAGCGUGGGACAGGGUCUUCUCCGGGCCAAGGCACGUGCCCUCGUCGAGUACCUUGAGGGUCCCCUGCUCCAGGUUGCAGUGUCAUAGCCGAGAAGAGCCGUCAGUAGCCAUUGCCCAUCAGCAGCGAAAUGGGCCCCCUCGUGUAGAGAACUUUUCACGUUGUGUGACUCUUGGUUGGUUGUCAUGGUGACGAAGGGGAGUGAGUUGUUGUAUUACAGAAUGCAAAUGAAAGAUGAGAACUUUUUCUGGAGGUGAAGUGAUACCUGCGAAAAAAAAACAGGUAUAUCAAUAGCACUGGGCCAUUAGCCGAGCUGGUACAGUCGGCAUGAGGCAUUUUUGCUCAGUGAAAGAAACACACCCUGUCUGCCGUCAGUCUUUUUAAUUUCCCUAUUUGUUUUGUCUCUUUAAUUGCGCUAGAAUGCCCUGUGAUGGCAGGUGUUGUUUUCAAAGAUAUAUCGGAAUUCGUAGUUCAGCAGUGCUAAAAUUGGAUAGAGGGCAGGAAAGAAGCUUCAGAUGGAACAACUUCACGGCUCAUGUACGUUGUCUUCUGCAUCUCAUCUAUUCCGAGGGCUAUUAAAUCUUAAUUUCCACGCCUACAAGACUGUUACUUACACGACAGAUCAGAUUCUUCGAUUCAGACUACAGACAAAUGUUGCCACUAGUAACAGCUCUCAUGCAAGCUGAAUCAACAAUUCCGUUCAUCACGCGCGUCCAUGUUUACCAUCUCCUAGCCAAGCCCUUCUGUUUGAUUUCAGUGCUGAAAUGAUACUUUCCUGAUGCUUUUGCAUAACUUUUCUGUUUUGCCUAAAAUUGUUUCCUUUAUUUUGUGUGUGUGUGCUUGAGCAUGUGCAUUCCUAAAAUGAGCCACAACUAUAUUUUUAACCAUAUCUCACUGAACUUGGAAUAGCUUAUUCUCUCGAUAAUUGGAAUUAAAGUGCGUGGUUCCAAAAAUUUUGACUUGACCUUUGGUUUACCUUAGAUGAUCUGCAUGAUAUUAUGCAGGUCUAGCGACUUUUGCAACUCGCACUGUAGGCUCUAAGUGUAUUGUUGCAAGUGUGGACACAUUGGGAGAGAGAUAAGCAAGAAACGGGAUCAGUACGUUAAUGUUAAGCCAUAUUACUGGCAGGUUGCUUCUACAGGGUGAUUCUUUUAGAACAGACCUAUUUCAGUGGGCUGCAGUUUUGCUACAAAGUAUCAGAUUUUAAUACAGUUUGCGGCAAAACAUUCAGGAAGGACAAAAAUUUGAUGGCUUGUCCCAUUUUUUGAUGUGCAAUGCCAAGAAACGAGAAUAACUUAGAGAUAAUCAAAACCGUGCAAAAUGCUUAUACUGGGAGGGGUGGCUUGCGCCUAUGAAACUUUAAAAAGUCUGAUUGCAGUGCGGCAUGCCAAACAUGACUAGUAAACGUUUGUAAAGGUUAUACAGGUUUAUAAUCACUUAUCCUACAGCAGACGUUCAAAUCACCACCCGAAAAGUCAGACUGCUCUCACUUCAGCAGUAUGCAGUACCUCAUUGUAUGGAAUUCCACGGAAUGUCACGCUUUUCAUUAUUUCUUAUUCUUUUUUUGCUGCAUUGCACAUCAAAGAACGGUGCGGGCCAUUAAAUUUUUAUCCUUCAUUAAUAUUUUGCCGCAAGCCGUAAUAAAGUCGAGUAAUUUAUAACAAAAGUACGGCCCAAUAAAAUAGGUCAGUUCUAAUUGUAGUAAAAGCAUGACCUGAAGUUUAAGCUGGACGUGACAGAAGUAUAGAAGGCGGGUGGAAACACUGGCUUUGCAAUGAUUUACCUUAUUAAGAGCCUAUCAAGGCAUUACUACAUUAGGGUGGCAGUAAAAAUGCAGUGCAUUAAUCAAUACUAUGUUUCAUUAAACAACAUUUAAAUAUAUAUAUGACAUUAGCAAAAACCAGUAUUAGCAUUUCCAAAUGUAUUAGUUAAAACAAUAAUACAGUUGGGAGAUAUUUUAAUGGUAAGAGAGCAUUGAGAUUUAACUGCAAAGUCACGUGAAUUCUGAGGCACAUCUGCAUCAAAACAUUCUAACCUGCCCGAUCACUGUGACGUGCCACUUUCAAGCAAUCUUGUUUUGACACUGCUACUCUUGCAUGGUUUGCGCUUCAUUUGCGCUCGAUAAGUUCAAUGCCGAUCAACCUCACUAACAAUCAGAACUUACGGGGAUGGGCACUUCAUUUUUAAUGGGAUGAUGUGCAGAACAGAGUACGUGUACUACACUCUAGAUUCUUUUUUUUUUUUUGCAUGUGCUGCUGUGUCCACACUUCAGGAAAGUUGUAGCUUAUAGUUUUCCUUUUUUUUCUGAAUAGAUGGGGCUUCUUUAGUGAGGUCCCUGCCUAAACCAAAGAAUCCUCCGUUAAUUUCGACGGCUGGCUCGAGUGUCUCAAUGCGAUAUUCUAGCGACACAGGAGGUUCGAAGGCCCAGUACCUGACAGAUCGAGAGUGCAUACUUGCCAGUGUUUUUGUCCGAACAUAAGACUGCUGCUGGAACGACUGACGUUCCUCGGACCUUGAUACUCAAAAAGAGCAGCCUUAGAAACUACUACUGCCACGGAGAAGCACACUUGGCAGGUUGCGUGCGGUUGCCACUGAGUUUGUACGUACAGGAGUGUUUGUUGUGGACGGCUGUUGCUUUGCACGUUGGGAAUAAAGUUUAUGUUGUCCCGA